CAGAAACAGAAGCGGUGGUAAAAAAAACCCUUUCUCCGAAUAGGAACCCUUCCUGGUCAGAGAGCGCACGCCUCGCAAAUUCGACGAGAGUGCCGGCCAAGUCACCGCCAUCCCGCGCCUUUGACUUGCGCUGCGUCUCAGAGAAAUCACAAGUCGUCUUGCGUUUCUUGACGCCCCUAGGCGAGGUCGCCCAUCAUGCCUCCUCCACCCCACCAAAAACCAGAGAAUGUUCUCAAGCGCGCCAAUGAGCUCAUCGGCGUCAAGCAGGCGCCCGCCGCCUUGACCCUUCUCCACGAGCACAUCACCUCGAAGCGAUCCCGCAAUGUUCCCAUCGCCUCGCUGGAGCCGGUGAUGCUCCUUCUGGUCGAGCUCUCGGUCGAGCAGAAGAAGGGCAAACUGGCAAAGGAUGCCCUAUACCAGUACAAGAAUAUUGCUCAGAACACCAACGUCGGGACUAUCGAGCUGGUCUUGAAAAAAUUCAUCGAGCUGGCGGCGGACAAGGUCACCGCCGCCCAGCAAAAGGCCGAUGAAGUCCAAUCCAGCAUCGAGGCCACGGCCACCACCAAUGUCGACGACCUCGAGGCCACCGAGACACCCGAGUCGAUCCUUCUUGCCACCGUCUCCGGCGAGCAGUCCCGCGACCGCACCGACCGUGCCAUUGUCACCCCCUGGCUCAAGUUCCUUUGGGAGGCUUACCGCACCGUCCUCGACAUUCUGCGCAACAAUGCGCGUCUGGAGCUUCUCUACCAGAGCACUGCCAUGCAGGCCUUUGACUUUUGCCUCAAGUACACCAGGAAGACCGAGUUCCGUCGCCUGUGCGAGCUCCUCCGGAACCAUGUCCAGACUGCGGCCAAGUACUCGACCCAAAUGCAUGCCAUCAACCUGAACGACCCGGACACCCUGCAGCGCCACCUGGAGACCCGUUUCCAGCAGCUCAAUGUCGCGGUCGAGCUCGAGCUUUGGCAGGAGGCCUUCCGCAGCGUGGAGGACAUUCACACUCUGCUUAAUCUGAGCAAGCGACCCCCCAAGAACGUCAUGAUGGCGAACUACUACGAGAAGCUGACCCGAAUCUUCCUCGUGGGCGAGAACUACCUCUUCCACGCCGCCGCUUGGUCGCGCUACUACUCGCUGCUUCGCCAGUCUGCUGCCAUUGUUGCUAGUGGGCAUGGCAAGAAGGCUGACAACCCCCCGGCCACGAGCGCUGACCUUCAGAGGGCCGCCUCGUUCGUGCUGCUUUCAGCCUUGUCCAUCCCUGUCAUCAGCACCACCCGCUCGCGUGGCGCCAUGGUUGAUUUUGACGAGGCCAAGAAGAACAAGAACUCGCGCCUCACGCACCUGCUCAACAUGAGCCAGGCCCCGACUCGUGCUGUGCUGUUCAAGGAUGCCCUCUCCAAGUCCCUCCUUCAACAGGCCCGUCCCGAGAUUAGGGAUCUUUACAACAUCCUCGAGGUUGACUUCCACCCGCUGUCCAUCUGCAAGAAGAUUUCCCCCAUCCUGGCCCAGAUCGGCGCCGAUGCCGACAUGCAGAAGUACGUCCUCCCCCUGCAGCAGGUCAUUCUCACCAGGCUCUUCCAGCAGCUGUCUCAGGUCUACGAGACGGUUGAUCUGGAAUUUGUCGAGAGCCUGGCGCAGUUCCCGGAGCCUUUCCAGGUCGCCCGCGCUACUGUCGAGAAGUUCAUCAUGAACGGCAACAAGAAGGGAGAUCUUGCCAUCCGCAUGGAUCACGCUACCGGCGUGCUGAGCUUCGACACCGACAUCUUCUCCUCUUCCAAGGCUUCCCACUCGGGCUCUGCGGCUGGUUCUGCCGAGGCAGAGAGCGGGACCGUGCAGAGGCUCCAGAGGACCCCCUCGGAGAUUGUCCGCUCGCAGCUUGUGCGCUUGGGCAAGGCCUUGUACACAACAUGCUACUAUGUCGAUCCUUCCUUCAACGAGUCGCGGAUCAAGGCUCGCGAUGCCGCCCUGGCGCGAGCCAAGGCCGGCGCCGACAAGGAACACCGCGAAAUUCUCGCCAGGAAGGACAUCAUCCAGAAGCGAAAGGAGGAGGCCUCGGAGCUGCAAGCGAAGCGCGAAAAGGAGAAUGCCAAGAUGAAGAGACUCCGGGAGCAAGCACUCCUGGAGGCGGAACAGCAACGCUUGACCGAGGAGCAAAAGGAGCGCGAGCGCAAACGACAGGAGAAGGAGCUCCAAGAGAUCCGCAAGAAGGAGGCCGAGAGUCUCAUUAAGGACCUUAAGAUUGGACCUAAUGCUCUCGACCUCAACCAGGAGGAUCUGGCCAACCUCGACACGUCCCAGAUCCGCGCCAUCAAGGUCGCACAGCUGGAGCGUGAGAAGAACGACAUUAACGAGAAACUUCGCAUCACGGGCAAGCGUAUCGACCACUUGGAGCGGGCCUACCGUAAGGAGGAGGUCAAGAAACUUGGUGCCGACUACGAAACACAGAAGGAGCGGGACCUUGUGGCAUACAACGUCAUGAAGGAGGAGACGCUAAAGGACUCCAAGGUCAAGCACACCGAGAGCGUGGAGCUCAAGCACCGCCUGAGCCGCCUGAUGCCACACUACGAGACCUUCAAGCAGCAGCUACACGCGCGUCGUGGCAACGAGUUUGAGAAGCGUCGCCGUGAUGCCGAGAAGGAGCUGGAGAAGCAGAUCGCGGCACGCAAGAAGGAGCACCGCGAGCGCAAGCUUCGUGAGAAAAGGGCGAGAGAAGAGGAGGAGCGUCUGCUCCGCGAGGCCGAGGAGCGCGCGGCCAAGGAGAGAGAGGAGCGGGAGAAGCGCGACGAGGCGAGAAAGGAGGAUCUUGCCAAGAUCAGGGCCCAGCGCGAGCAAGAGCGGCAGGAGCUGGCGGAGAAGGCGGCUCUGCAGGCUCGCCGCGAGGAUGAGGCCCUCGAGCGGCGCAAGCGGGAGAAGGAGAGAAUGCCCGCCCCACCUCCUGCAGCAGCACCGCAGAGGGCCGCAGAGUCCUCCGACGGCCCACCGCGCCUCCAGCUUACAGGGUCCAAGCCCAGCUGGCGAGACAGGCAAAACGCCGCCGAAGGCGCCCCUCCCCCGGGACCGCCAGCUCGGUCGGCCACCCCGAUGGAGCGUACCGACUCCAACGACAGGCGUACUGACUCCAACGAUAGGCCCGCCGGCGGCCCGCCGCGCCUCAACCUUCUUGGUGCGAGCGGCGGUAAGCCUAGCUGGCGUGACCGUGAGGCUUCCAAGAGCGCCGCGGGUGGUCCUGAGCGUGAUCUGCCCAGCCGGUCUGCAUCGGGUAGGGGCCCCCCGAUGACUAGCCGUACCGACUCGGGCCGUGGCGAGAACGGCCGGGAGGCCCGUGAGCGUGACAGUGAAGCCGGCCGCGAUGACUCCCCAGCGGCUCCAAAGGAGUCUCUGACUGCGUCGGGGGCGCCAGGCAAGUACGUGCCCAAGUGGCGCCGCGAUAACGCGGGGAACUAGGUUAGGCGCGCGGGCUGGGAGGCAAAAAGAGAAGGGCGGUGAAAAACAGAAAUGGGAUCUCUUCCCUUUUUAAUUUGCAUCAGGAGUUUGGGUUUGCUUGAUUUGGCAAUGGCGUGUGUUAUUCUAGCAUCACCACCGGGCUCGUUUGUUAGGGGCGGUCCUGCGAGUCUUUGGAUGGGCGCCUAGAAUGGGAAGGCCAAGGAAGGGGCUUUAGCCACGUUUGCGUUAGGUGUCUUGGUCUUCCACCGCUCUCUCUGUGUUUGAAUGCACCAUUUUCACUAUCCUCUUCACUAGAAGGACGCUUGCUUGCCCGGCCAUAUGCGACGGGCCACGCGUCCGCGCUGAGUCCUUUAGUCAAGAUCAACGGGGCGCCCAGGCCGAUGUUGCGGCCUUGGGAGCUCUGUAUUAUGUGUCAAGCAAACAGCAACAACGGGAGCGCCUGUGCCAUGACUUCCAUUGCACCGGACCCCCGAGGCGUCCUGCCAGGUUGAAGGAUUUAACGGCGCUUAGGGGGUGGCCAGCGAGCUUUGUGCGAGUGGCCUGACACCACCUGAAAUUGGGUCCACUUGCGGCUUCAUCAAAACUCAGGAGUGGCAUCAGAAUCUACACCAAUCAGGGGCUUCGGGGCUUGAUAUACUGUGGUGCCAGAGGGUUCAAUCACGAAGUGAUUGAACUGUUGGAUCUUUUGGUCUAUGUAGUGGAGCGGUACUCUAGCACGUUCCCCUUACA